AUGCAACGAUGGUUCUACGAGAGAAAAAGUGCAUCCACGAAAUGUAGUACGACUGUGACACCAAAAAUUGAUGAUGAAUUGAGAAAAUCAUUUGACGCCGAUGCAACUUUACCAGUACGAAAUUUGGACGAACUCGUUUUUGAGGUAGGUAUAGCUACCGAACUUUGUACUGUCGACCUUAUAGGUAACACAUGUUCAUGUCGAGAGUUUCAGAUGCGACAAAUCCCAUGUUUACAUGCAUCCCGAGCUGCUUGCGCAAAAGAAAAAUCAUUGUAUGAUUUGUGCUCCUCUUACUACACCACAGAAUAUUGGCGAGCUGCGUACAAUGAAAUUCUUUACCCCGUUGGCCGACAGUCAGAUUGGGUUGUUCCUCAGUCUAUUCGUUCCGUCGAAGUUUUGCCCCCGAAUAUACGUAGAGCACCAGGUCGACCUCCUACCCAAGGUCAACAGUCAAGAACUGAAAGGUCGACGUUGAGACGAAAAUGCGGCCGAUGUGGGGGUUCUGGACAUAACAGGCAAACAUGUCAGAAUUCGACAUCUUUAAGUGACACGUAUACUUGA